AUUCAGUUUCAAAUAUAGCUUUAUUUCUACAGUGAUAAAGUGUCUGCCAAUAACAGCUCCAGAACAUGGAAGAAUUGUCAUGUCUGGUUCAUAUGAGACGGACCAAGAAUUUUCCUUCGGACAAGCCAUACGAUUUGAAUGUAAUGAAGACUAUAAACUUAAGGGAGACAGAGAAAUAUAUUGCUCAGCUACUGGUGAUUGGAGUCAGGAGGUACCACAAUGUAUAGAAAUAACAUGCACCCCACCAACUAUUCUGAAUGGAGGGGUAAUGGUUCCAAGGAGACUUUACAAGGAGAAUGAACGAAUACAAUUUAACUGUGAUACAGGAUUUAAGUUCAAUGAAAGAUCAGAUGCAGUAUGUACUGAAGAUGGAUGGAGACCAGCCCCAUUAUGUAUAGAAGUUACAUGUGAUCCUCCAAAAGUGGCUGAUGGUAGCUUUGUCCCUUCAAAGACAAUAUACAGAGAAGAGGAUGUAAUCACAGUGGAUUGCAAGCAUGGAUUUCACUUUGACUCAUUCAGUGGGAACACAGCUCAGUGCACCAAGAAUGGCUGGAUACCUGUUCCAAAAUGUGUCUGGGUCCUUCUUGAUGGUAACAUUGCGAAAGUGAGAACGGUGACAAUGACAAUGAGGACAAUGAUGAAAAUGAAGGAAACGGACAUUGAGGAGCGUGAGGAUAUCUGCUUUGUGGACUUGUUCCCCAGCCAGGUCCCAAUCCUGACCAAAACCAUGACCCAAACCAAAACCCAGGAGACACGAGAUGGGAACAGUUUGAACAAGCCCCUCAUUGAGAAUAUGGAAUGA